AUGAGGCUAAAUAAAGAGGACAUGCACUUAUUUGGACAUUACCCAGCUCAUGAUGAUUUCUACCUAGUGGUAUGUAAUGUCUGCAAUCAGGUAGUGAAGCCCCAAGUAUUCCAGUCACAUUGUGGAAAUUGUUUUUGUAUCUCACUAACAUGA